UUCUCCUCGAUCUCCGUGCACCGCCUUCUUUCAUCGCUUUUACCUUGUGUUUCCCUGCAAUUUCAAUCUAAUUUUCAUUUCACAUCUUGUCUUGUCUCCCCAAAUAAAUUGUAGGAAAAGCUGCAAUUUUUGUGUUUCUUGGUGUUCGUCACUGCGUUGAAGGAUUGUUCUGAUCUGGGUGAAAAAGAUUUCGCAAUUGUGGCAUCGGGAUUUCAUAUCUGAGAUUUAUUAGUGGAUUGUAUUUGCGUUCAACUGUUGGAAAAGUGAGGUGAGUUUUUGGAUUUGAGACACUGCACAUAUCUGAGCACCUACAAGAAAAGAACCCUAAAUUAGCAAAUGACUUUUGAGCCUCUAUUUAUUUUGGUUAAGAAGUUCUUGCGCCGAUUCUCUAUGCAUUGAUCAUCACUAUGCUGGCUGCCCAUUGAGUAUUUCUUAUUGGGGGAAGUAGAACGGAUUUCUGGAUAGAUUGAAGUUCUAGUUUUCACUUUCUGAAUGAAGUGGGAAGAAAUAUGCUUUGGGCGGUUGUGUUGCUUUAAUCUCUGCUUUUAUAAAUUGUUGGGAAGGAGGACUCUGAGUUCUUGGUAAGGUAGUGUUCAUUUGCAUCUCAAAGUUUCACAUUUUGUGGGUUUCUGUGAAGUGGUUCUCAGUGUCCUUUCAUGUUUAUGACUUCUGGCAACCAAUUUUCACCAACAUUCUCAGUGGAGAUCUCUUCUGUGUAUUGAUGACACAGAAUACAAAUUGUUUGAGGCAAAGGAAAAGAACAACUACUUUGCAGGUCAUUGAGUUGACUUCUGCUAAAACUAAAUUCUGUCCGUAAUGCUCCUUAUGGGAAAGAAGAAUUCAGGUUUCAUGGGGUGGUGCCUUGGACCACCAUCACGGCUUUAAGACUCUUGAAAAUCCUACGGCUGCAUCUGGGGAGCCCUCUUCUUGGGUUAUCUCUUCGUUACGCAUGUGUGGUGUCAUAUCGUGCAGCUUUUCCUGAGUCCCAGAUCAGUUUUGUCGUUAUAGAAGCAUGCAGUUGGAUAAUAAUCUAGUUCGUGACAAUGUUAGGCUGAUAUAUAUUGAUGAUUCUCAAAGGACCAAUGAAGAGUAUGAAUUCACUGGAAACGAGAUCACCACAAGCAAGUAUACAGUUAUUAAUUUCUUGCCCAAGAAUCUCUUUAUUCAGUUUCAUAGGGUGGCAUACAUAUAUUUUCUAGUUAUUGCCGCUCUCAAUCAGCUACCUCCUCUUGCAGUUUUUGGGAGAACUGUUUCUCUCUUCCCACUACUUUUUGUUCUCACUGUGACUGCUAUAAAAGAUGGUUAUGAGGAUUGGCGAAGGCACAGAUCUGACCGAAAUGAGAAUAACAAGGAAUCUUUAGUGCUUCAAUCUGGUAAGUUCCAAUUAAAACGAUGGAAGGAUAUCAGGGUAGGCGAGGUGGUGAAAAUUUGUGUUGAUGAGACGAUUCCUUGUGAUAUGGUACUGCUACGGACAAGUGAUCCUAGUGGUGUUGCUUAUAUACAAACCAUGAAUUUGGAUGGCGAGUCAAAUCUAAAGACAAGAUAUGCUAGGCAGGAAACAUCCUUGAUGUCAUUUGAAGGAGGGUUGACAUCAGGGGUGAUCAGAUGCGAACAGCCUAACAGAAACAUAUAUGAGUUCACAGCCAAUAUGGAGUUGAAUGUACAUAAAGUUUCUCUUAGUCAGUCAAACAUUAUCUUGCGUGGGUGUCAGGUGAAAAACACAGAAUGGGUGGUGGGUGUGGUGGUUUAUGCUGGUCAAGAGACAAAAGCGAUGCUGAAUAGUGCGGUGUCGCCAUCCAAGAGAAGCAGGCUGGAACAGGCAAUGAACAAAGAAACUAUUUGGUUGUCGGUUUUUCUUUUCAUCCUGUGUCUGGUUGUGGCUAUUGGGAUGUGUUUGUGGCUGAUGCGACACCAGAUGCAAAUUGAUACGUUGCCUUAUUACAGAAAGAGUUAUUUAAUAAAAGGAAAAUUUCCAGGCAAACCGUAUAAAUAUUAUGGGAUUCCUAUGGAAACCUUUUUUGCCUUUUUGAGUUCUAUUAUAGUGUUUCAGAUAAUGAUACCGAUAUCUCUCUACAUUACCAUGGAGUUGGUUCGGUUAGGACAAUCUUAUUUCAUGAUAGAAGACAAACAUAUGUAUGACAGCAGCACCAACUCAAGGUUUCAAUGCAGAUCCUUAAAUAUAAAUGAAGAUCUGGGUCAAAUACGUUAUGUAUUCUCUGAUAAGACUGGUACGCUUACUGAGAAUAAAAUGGAGUUCCGAAGAGCUACUGUGUUUGGGAAGCAUUAUCGUAAUUCCUCAGUGGUGGAUGGCACCACAAAGGAUACAGAGACUGCAGAACUAACAAAACCCACUCCAUUGUCCUCAAAAGGAAGGAAGCUAAAAUCUGAUAUUGCUGUGGAUGCACAGCUCAUGGGAUUGCUUCAUAAAGGCUUGGAUGGAAGUGAAAAGAUUUCUGCUCAUGAAUUCUUCCUUACAUUGGCAGCAUGUAACACUGUUAUUCCCAUUCCUAGUCAAACAACUUCCGAAGGUUCAAUGGGGACUGAAAUUCAUGAAGAUCUUGAAGCUAUUGACUAUCAGGGAGAAUCCCCUGAUGAAGAAGCUCUGGUAGCUGCUGCCUGUGCUUAUGGGUAUAUUCUUUUUGAGAGGACAUCUGGUCAUAUUGCAGUUGAUGUCAAUGGUGAGAAACUAAGAUUGGAUGUUUUAGGGCUGCAUGAGUUUGAUAGUGUUCGAAAGAGGAUGUCUGUUGUAAUCAGAUUCCCCAACAAUGAUGUGAAGGUGUUAGUAAAAGGAGCGGAUACAUCAAUGCUCAGUAUUUUGAGGGAAGACCGUGAAAAUGAUGAUUUAAGCCUCAUAACGCAGCGCCAUUUGAACGAGUAUUCAUCAGAAGGUCUACGCACGCUUGUACUUGCUGCUAGGGAUCUUGAAGGUGAAGAACUUGAGGAGUGGCAGUCUAUGUAUGAAGAUGCAAGUACUUCAUUGGCCGACCGUUCUUUGAAAUUACGUCAAACUGCAUCUCUUGUCGAAUCUAACUUGUGUUUGCUUGGGGCAACUGGAAUUGAGGACAAGCUUCAAGAGGGUGUACCAGAAACUAUCGAGUCUCUUCGGCAGGCAGGAAUUAAGGUCUGGGUUCUGACUGGAGAUAAGCAGGAGACCGCAAUUUCAAUUGCUCUGUCCUGCAAGCUACUGACAGGGGAUAUGCAUCAAAUUAUCAUAAAUGGAACUUCAGAGAGUGAAUGCAAAAUGCUUCUAUCUGAGGCGAAGGCCAAAUAUGGUGUGAAAUGUGGAGGUUUCAGGACCCAGAGUUUUAAGUUGAAGAAGGGUGCUGAAAGUGAUUUUGUGGACGUUCUUGCUGAAUCAAAAUUGUCCAAUUUGCCUACUGAGGAUGAUGGAAACCCAGAACUAACCAUGGGUGGGCCAUUAGCACUGAUAAUUGAUGGGAAUAGUCUAGUUUACAUCUUGGAAAGAGAUCUGGAAUCAGAGCUGUUCGAUCUUGCAACUUCAUGUAGGGUUGUGUUGUGCUGUCGUGUUGCACCCUUACAAAAGGCGGGAAUUGUUGAUUUGAUAAAGAGUCGCACUGAUGAUAUGACACUAGCAAUAGGCGAUGGUGCUAAUGAUGUUUCAAUGAUCCAAAUGGCGGAUGUUGGUGUUGGCAUAUGUGGCCAGGAAGGGCGUCAAGCUGUCAUGGCUUCAGAUUUUGCUAUGGGACAGUUCAGAUUUUUAAAAAGGUUACUCUUGGUCCAUGGGCAUUGGAAUUAUCAACGCAUGGGUUAUUUGGUUCUCUACAACUUCUACAGGAAUGCUGUCUUUGUCUUUAUGCUUUUUUGGUAUAUUUUAUGUGCGGCUUUCUCAACGACAUCUGCACUUACAGAUUGGAGUAGUGUAUUUUACUCAGUAAUUUACACUUCUAUUCCUACUAUUGUUGUUGGUAUUAUGGACAAGGACCUAAGUCAUAAGACGCUGCUCCAGUAUCCAAAGCUAUAUGAAGCUGGUCAUAGGCAAGAGGGUUACAACAGUUACCUUUUUUGGAUCAUGAUGGCCGACACAAUAUGGCAAAGUCUCGUUCUUUUUUGUGUUCCCAGAUUGGCCUUUAAAGAAAGCACAAUUGACAUUUGGAGUAUGGGCAGUUUGUGGACCGUUGCUGUAGUUAUCCUAGUCAAUAUACAUUUGGCCAUGGACAUUCAACGAUGGGUACUUUAUACUCAUAUCUCAAUUUGGGGUUCUGUCAUAAUGACUUAUGCUUGUGUCGUGGUCUUGGACUCUAUACCGGUUUUUCCUAAUUAUGGGACAAUAUACGAAUUGGCAAAGCAACCUACCUAUUGGUUCUCCAUUUUGCUUAUAAUUGUCAUAGCACUACUUCCUCGGUUUACGAUCAAAGCUCUGCACAGAAUAUUUCGGCCUUCAGAUAUCCAGAUAGCCAGAGAAGCCGAGAUACUAAGAAAAAGACGCUUCUUUUAUGGGUCAAGGUUGUUUUGGAGAUCCACCAGUUAGCAUGUAUACUGGCGAUUUCAAUUGAUUCCAUUUUACAACAGCAGCUCCUGAGUUCAUCUCACAUGGUUUUCAUGUCUAAAGGAUAAUAUGGCAUAAAACCAUCCAUCUGCCGCACGAUAUCUGUUCUUCAACUCUUGUGGUGAAGAAGUGAAUUUGGUUUGUUGAAGACAUUUGAUCCAAGAAGUGAAAAAGGGGAAUUGGGGUGCUAUACAUCUCGGAUAUUGGCUUCAGAAAAUAGGCACAUCGUGGGUGGUUGUGGCAUAAGUGGUGAAGUAGGGAAAGGGACACGGCGGAAAUAGAGAAAAAGGAGGUAUGUAACAAGUUUUAUGUAAACAAGUAGAAGUAGUAGUUUUGUUAGCUUGUAAACAAAUGAAAGCAAUAUUGUUACGUAUUCGCUUCAUGGAGAAGGCAGCGUGGUUUCGUUGUUCAAGCAGUUUGUAGUUUAUACUACACUACUGCCAUAGCUGCUACUGUUAGACAGUUAUUCUAUGCAACAGGUAUCAGUUAUUCAUGC